AUGCAGUUUCCCAUGGGCCCUGCCUGCAUCUUCUUGAGGAAAGGCAUUGCUGAGAAGCAGCGGGAGAGGCCACUGGGACAGGAUGAGAUUGAUGAACUCCGGGAAGCAUUUCUUGAAUUUGACAAGGACCGAGAUGGGUUCAUCUCUUACAAGGAUUUGGGCAAUCUCAUGAGGACGAUGGGUUACAUGCCUACAGAGAUGGAGUUGACUGAGCUGGGCCAACAAAUCCGCAUGAACCUUGGUGGCCGUGUAGACUUUGAAGACUUUGUGGAGCUGAUGACCCCCAAACUGCUUGCAGAGACGGCAGGGAUGAUUGGUGUUCAGGAGAUGAGAGAUGCUUUCAAGGAGUUUGAUACCAAUGGAGAUGGGGAGAUCACACUGGCAGAGCUGCAGCAGGCCAUGCAGAGGCUGCUGGGGGAGAAGCUCACACCUCGGGAGAUUUCCGAGGUGGUACAGGAGGCUGACAUCAAUGGAGAUGGCACUGUUGACUUUGAAGAGUUUGUGAAGAUGAUGUCUCGUUGA